GCGCGCAUCGCAUCUGCCCGACCGAUUAUGGCGGACAGGCAGUGAAGGAUGUUUGUCGUCUUUUCUAAAUCAGAAAGUAUCGACAGUAGCCAAUGGCAUAAACCGGGUUUUUUGUAAAAAUUGUACAUUGUAAAUAGUUCUGUGUACAUAUAGUAAUUAUAUUUGUGGUCGUUUUGUUUAGAAAUUGUGUGAAUAGUGUAUUAUUUUGAGUGUUUAUUCCGUUCAGUUUUCGACGCCGACAAAUCUCUAAACCCUGAAGUUAGUACAUUUGUAAAUCGUGUAUAACAUCUAAAUUCUAAAAACCCUGUAAAUUUCGUUCCCCUAAAAUCAUCGAUUUCUUCUUGUCGCCUUUGUGUUCGAUCCGUCAAGGAGACCGUUGCAGCGCUUGCAAUAUUUUGGUUUCCCUUAGCGGCUGUCAUCGCGCUUCGAUAAAACCCACUAACUGUCAUUACAAAGACAAAAGGACUACUAUAGUCACUAAAUGGCUUCGAUGCUGGGAUCUGUUGGCCGUGCGUAGUGCAAAUGAUCAUGUAAAUGCGAUUCGUCUAUACAUCUAGUUCCAUUAGUAUUCGCUGUAGUGCUAUAUAGAUAUAAACAAGAAGAUUGUGUUUACGGUUGCAAAGGACUGGAUAGUGGAACUGAAUGCUUGAACCUCACGGUAGCCCAAUGAAGUGGCCGGGCACUGGGGCGGAAGAAGAGGCGGGCGAAGCAGGAUUGCAGAGCGCGCGCGCCUCUCAAACCCGUACCCAGGACGAUGCUGCGGUGCACUAUGUGUUCCAGCGGGAGGCUCAAGAAGCUGAACUGCCAUCGCUAGCCCCCAAACAACGCUGGGCUGUCGGCGACGACGGUAUAUCUGAGAAUCAAGAUAAAUGGAAGAACACUCCUAUAAAUAUGAAUAACAUGCACCAACAAGGUCCGGUGCAACUGAAAAAUUCUCAAACAAACCAACAACAAUUCAUUAAUCAAGCUAUAGCUUCAUCUGUCGGAACACUGGCUAUCAAUCCUUCAGUGAUUGGAAGUCAUCCUGCUCAUUUGACAACAAACAUGGUCCAUACACAACUGGCACCUUUGCAAAAUCAUACUCUUGGCAAUAAUUUGACUAUCCAAAAUAGUGCUAUGAUGCUACAACCGCUUCAGGGUAUGCAAAAUGCCCCUCAAUUGGGUCAACAAGGAUUAUAUGAUAUACACCAACACCCUGGAAAUCCGAUGCAAGCUAUGAAUGGUAUCGGCAAAAGUGCGGAACAUCUUAUGUACCUGAGUCAAGCUGGCAUGCUUGCACCAGGAACUAACCAAUUCCUACAACAAGGACAGAACCAACUUGGACUUACCCCAGUUGCCGCUAUCAGAAAUCAGAUUGCACCUGCUGCAAAAAAACUAUGGGAUAAAGGCCCUGGAGCCGGCGGUGACAGCAAGGGCCCUCCUCACCUGCCUCCGCUGCAGCUCAAUCCGGAGCAAAUGUGGCGGGACCCUACCUGGUCUGCUCAAGCAAUGGAGCACAAUGUGGGGGUCCCGAUGAUGGGCACGCGGCGCGGCGUGGCGUUCCCGGGGGGCGACGCCGGCAGCAUCCUGUCCCCGCGCGACACCGCCGGCCUCGGCGUCAAGAUGGUCGAGUACGUCCUCGGCGGCUCGCCUACAGAAGCGGGCGGCGUGGCGGCCGGUGGCGGCGAGAAGGGUGUGUCUGGCGUGGUGGCGGGGCUGCGCGGCAUGGUGCUGGAGGAGCGCGCCGACGACAAGGCCGCCUCGCCCUUCGACAAGGACCUGCACGAACUGCACGACCACCCGCUGCCCAACGGGCUGCAUAACGGACAGGAGGACGACAAGGCUUUCAACCGCACGCCCGGCUCGCGGCAGCCGUCGCCGGCCGAGGAGGAGGGCGGCGCGCGCAACGGCGAGCCCGGCGGCGUGUUCCCGCACCACGCGCACCCCGCGCUGCCCGCGCCGCAGCCCGCGCUGCACCACCUGCCGCACCUCACGCACCCGCAGCACCAUCCAGGGAUGUUGGGCGUGGCUCCGCUUCAAGGAUUGCCACAUCCACAACAUCAGAUACAUCCUGGCAUGACACUGAACGACUCUAUGAACCAACACAUCGAACUUGUCUUACAAAUGGAGCAACAUCCUCAAUUCGACAACAAUAGUUUCGCUAGCACGCAACAGUACGGCGGCGGAGUGGGCGGCGGCGUGGGCGGUGUGGGCGGCGUGGGCGGCGCAGGCGGGGCGGGCGGCGCGCCCAGCCUCGUCAACGGCGCCAGCGUCGUGCCGCCGCAGCCGGACUCCGCGCAGCAUCACCAACCUUUCGACGUACAGCAAUUGUUCCGGUCGCAACAAGCGGCGGCGGCGGGUGGCCAGGCGGCCGCGGCGCAGCUGCAACUGCUACAACAACAGCAGCAGCAACAGUUUCAGCUGCAACAACAGCUGGCCGCGCAGCAGGCCUUCACACAAGCGCCGUACGUGAUCAACGCCAGCCAAGAGGGCGCGCCAUAUGUGAGCGCACUGAUCGCGGGGGUACCGCCCUACUACGGCGUGGCGGCGCCGUGGGGCGUGUACCCCGGGCUAGUGGCGCAGCCGGCCCAGCAGCAGGCGCAGCAGCCGCGGCGGCCGCUGACGCCGCAGCAGGGCGAGCAGCAAGUGAACGGACAGGGGCAGUACGUGAUCCCAUACUACGACCCCGGGUCGCUGGUGAUGGGUGGGCGCAACGGCACGCCGCUGAGGCUCGUGUCGCCCGGCGGCGUGCUGGCGCCACGCCAGUACCCCGCGCCCGCGCACCCCGCCGCCACGCCCGCGCCGCCGCAGCAGGCGCCGCAGCAGCCGCCUGGCGGCGCGGGCGCGGCUGCGCGGCGGGACUCGCUGGAGUUCGGCGCCGGGCCCGCCGCCGCGCUGCAGGAGUACGCGCGCAAGUGGGGGCCCUCGCCGCUGUCGCCGCCGCUCACGCUGGGGCCCGUCGGGCUGCGGCCCGUGUCCGCCGCGCCCGGCGCAGAGACCGCCAAGUACAGAGCUGUCAGCAGUUUAGCACAAGGUCUCACCUCGACAAAUGGCAUGUUCGGCUCAUCAUCCUCGUUACUGAGCAAACUGAGUGGAGUGGGCACUAUCUCAGAGCUCGUGGGCGGUGGCGUGACGGGCGUGGGCGUAGGCGGCGUGAGCGUGGGCGCGGUGGGCGGCGUGGGCGCGCUAGUGGCCGACAAGCCGCCCGCCGGCCGCAGCCGCUUGCUCGAGGACUUCCGCAACAACCGCUUCCCCAACCUGCAGCUGCGGGACCUCGCCAAUCAUAUCGUCGAGUUCUCGCAAGACCAGCACGGCUCCAGGUUCAUUCAGCAGAAACUGGAACGCGCCACGGUUCAGGAGAAACAGAUGGUGUUCAACGAAAUUAUCGGCGCGGCGUACAGUCUCAUGACCGACGUGUUCGGAAACUAUGUGAUACAGAAAUUCUUUGAAUUCGGAACGACUGAACAGAAGACGACAUUGGCACAAAAGGUGCGGGGGCACGUGCUGGCGCUGGCGCUGCAGAUGUACGGCUGCCGCGUCAUACAGAAGGCGCUCGAGUCCAUCCCCGCCGAGCAGCAGCAGGAGGUGGUGCGCGAGCUCGACGGACACGUGCUCAAGUGCGUCAAGGACCAGAACGGAAACCAUGUUGUACAAAAAUGCAUCGAAUGCGUGGAGCCGUCGGCGCUGCAGUUCAUAAUCAACGCGUUCGCGGGGCAGGUGUACGCGCUGUCGACGCACCCGUACGGCUGCCGCGUCAUCCAGCGCAUCCUGGAGCACUGCACGCCCGAGCAGACCGCGCCCGUGCUGGCCGAGCUGCACGCGCACACCGACCAGCUCAUACAGGACCAGUACGGCAACUACGUGGUGCAGCACGUGCUGGAGCACGGCGCGGCGGAGGACCGCGCGCGGCUGGUGGCGGGCGUGCGCGGCAAGGUGCUGCAGCUGUCGCAGCACAAGUUCGCCAGCAACGUGGUCGAGAAGUGCGUCACCCACGCCACGCGCAACGAACGCGCGCUGCUCAUCGACGAGCUCUGCGGAUUCAACGACAACGCCCUGCACGUGAUGAUGAAGGACCAGUACGCCAACUACGUGGUCCAGAAGAUGAUCGACGUGGCGGAGCCGACACAGCGCAAGGUGUUGAUGCACAAGAUCCGGCCCCACAUCGGCUCGCUGCGCAAGUACACGUACGGCAAGCACAUUAUCGCCAAGCUGGAGAAGUUCUUCAUGAAGGCGCCCGAACUGGGCCCCAUCGGGCCGCCGCCGCCCAACCCCGUCUUGUAGUCUGUGUAAAGUAUUAACGCCCGAACGCCGCACACGCCGCACGCCGCACUAGCUGAUGCGACGGCGCGGGUAUCCCCGCCUAUUAUAAAUUUUGUGAAUAUUGCGAUUGUACAUUUGUAACUAUAUAUCUCGCCGCGCCCGCCCGCCGCCCGCCUCCCCUAGUGUAAGUGCAGCAAUCUGAUUAGUAUAGUGUGCACCUGGUAUCUGUAUCUGUGUGAGUGGUGCGCUGUCCGGGCGGGCGGCGGGCGCGCGGCGGGGCGGCGCCUGUACAUAACUGCGGCAGACUGAUGUACAGACCUACGAUACGAUAUACUGUAUACUGUAACAAUAGUUGUACAGCGUCGACGCCGACUCCGGUGCUCGGCCGUCGCGUCACCGCGGCGCAGCGUCUACAGCGUUUCUAGCUCUUAAGUGUUCUAGUAUUAUUCGUUGUUCGUAUGAAUCUAUGUAUAAAUAUUUGAACGUCUCUCAUUCUCGUGUAAUUUAUGAAUCGAAGGAAAGCCGGCCGGUGGGCCGUGCGUUUCCGUAAUUUAGCUCGUUGUAGAUUUACUAUUAGCUGGGCUAGGGGACCUUGAAUCUUCGGAAGCGAUGCAGAGAAAUGCCGCAGGCAGUUCUGGACAAUCGGCACUAUAGUCGUGAUUAUGUUAUUAUUUUGUACUAUUCUUCAAGUCAAGCUCUCGUUUAAGUUAAAACCGGCUUUAAAAUCGUACAUAGUUAUCGAAUAUUGUUUAGUGCCGGAAUGUAUAGUUUGUCGAUUAUAAUUUUGUGAAAAUGAUAUUUUUGUAUAUUUUUAUGUAACUUAAUUUAAGUUAUUUAGUUUAAUGAAGUCUCCGAGAGGAUCGGAGCGAGCGCUUAUCGAGUGGGCGAUGCUUAUGUUGUAGCGAGGCGCGUCGCGGCGUCGUGGCCCGAGCCGCGCGCGCCCUUAGGUUAUAGUGAUGAUUGUAAAGUCCUGUACUGAUAGUUGUAGUCCCGAGGUCUACCUUGCCGGUUGCACGUCACAAGCGUAGCUGCUCCUCAUUCCCCUGUGUAAUUAUUUUUUAUAGGAAGCGUAGUUUCCUACGACACCUCAGAUUUUUUACGUCUAGAUGUAAUUGAAAAUAAAAUUAUUGUAUAUGGCUGUACAAAAAUGUUAACAAAAUGAUUUGUAAAACCUGUAUGUGAUGGUGAGGGCGAGGCGGCGGGAGCGGCGCGCCGCGCGGCUCCGGCCGUCGCGUCCGUAGGUUGUACUAGAUAACAUUUAUAUGAUGAUCCAUCUAUUUAGACAUUAAUUAUAAUAAAGCAUUUCUGUAAUAAUAUUACAAAGAA